CAAAUAACAAAUUAUUAUUUAGUGUUGAAUUAACACAACUUCAUAGUGCACAAUUCAAAUAAAGAUACAAUUAUUAAAUAUUCCAACUACAUUUGUUCAAAGAACAAACUUAUUUUCUUUGCUUAUUUCUACAACUUAUUUAUUACAGUGCUAUAAAUCACUUCGAUUUUAUAAUGGGAGAUACAACUAAAAUUAAGAUCGGUAUUAUUGGAGGAUCCGGUUUCGAUGAGCCAGGAUUAUUCGAGAACCCCGUGGAACGCGCCGUUACCACUCCGUUCGGGAAUCCGUCUGAUGUUCUGCUUGAAGGUUUUAUUAAAGGCGUGCCCUGUGUCAUACUCGCACGACAUGGCAGAAAACAUCAGUACCAGCCCAGUGACGUCAAUUACCGUGCGAACAUAUGGGCGCUAAAGGAAGUGGGGUGCACGCACGUGAUCGCCACCACGGCCACGGGGAGCCUCGUCGAGAACUACGAACCGGGAAGUCUGGUUAUUAUUGACGAUUUUAUUGAUAGGACAUGGGGUCGCAAAUGCACAUUCUACGACCGCACGGAGGGGGGUCCAAAGGGUGUCUGUCAUUUGCCAAUGUUCCCCGCGUUCUGUGCGUCGGCUCGCGACGCGCUGUCACACGCGGCGACGUCUAGGGGCUACGCUUGCCAUCAUAGCGGCACUGUUGUUACUAUACAGGGACCUAGGUUUUCCAGUCGAGCAGAAAGCCUAAUGCAUCGCCAAUGGGGCGGUCAUCUCGUUAAUAUGACUACAGUGCCAGAAGUAGUGUUAGCGAAGGAAGCGGGACUGAGCUAUGCAGCUGUAGCACUCGUCACUGAUUACGACUGCUGGAGAGAAAAUGAGAAAUCGGUAUGCGUGAGCGACGUUCUUGAAGCAUUUGCGAAAAAUGUGAAAAAAGCCGCCGAUGUCAUCGUAGACGCUAUACAGAUUUUGGCCGCUAAAGCUGAUCAUGCCUAUUUAGAAGCUCACAAGGAUCUGGUUUCGUCCGCCAUCAUGCUAAAGGAAUAAUCGAAGCAUUCCAUUCUCAUCAUAUAAGCAAAUAUUUUACACUUUUAUCAUAUUGUAAAGUAAUAAAACAAUACACAUUGCAUGUAAUUAUUUAUUUAAAAUCCACAUAAAAAAUGACAAAGUACAUUCUUCGCGCCGUCAAUGUCUGUGAUCAUUCUUAUCUAUUUCCUUUAAUUACGUAUUUGACUUGUGCCAGCGAUGGUGUUUGUAGCACAAACGAUCUUUAGCGAAAUCUACACGAGCUUUAUAUAAUACAAAAUAUAUUUAAAAGUGUUAGCUCAUUCCUUUCACAUUACAUUUAAUUUUGUAUUAGCAUUACUUUAUCAGAUUUUUUUUUUAGAAUUAUAAAUCUACGCCGUAUAUUUAAAAUUAACAAUGCGAUCUUUAAAAAUAAUAAAAUACACGUAAGCAUCUAAUUAAUCUUACUUUUGAUAGUGUUUAAAAAUGUUAGUUUAUAAAUAGAACAUAAAAUUCAAUUUAAAUGCUUUUUUACAACUGAAGGUUAAUUUAAUAUUUUCCUUUCCUUUGAAAAUAAGAAAAUCAAUAAAUUCAUGGGUGCACCUAAAACAAUCCUAUUUGACUCAAAAUUAACAGUUUGACAAACACACAGGUCACAAUUAUUUAAUUGAAGAAAUUGUUUGAUUGAACGCGCUAAUCUCGAGAACCAUUGGUGCGUGUUGAAGGCUAUAAGCUAUAUAAACAUUACGCUACGACCGAUACGAGUGGAGCAAAAACGAAAAAAA